ACCGAGUCUUUUGCCGGGUGAACGUUCCGUUCCGGUGGCAACACUACUUCCCGUCGUUUCCCUUCCGCUAGAGGACUUGCCUGUGUGGGACUGUUUCUUUCUCGGGAAUGCUACCUCCUUUACAUAACCGAUCUCCGGAGAAGAAAUACCGUCCCGACGAGCUUAGUGGUGGCACCUUCCCGUACUCAUAUUUACUCUGCAUAUUUGUAGAUAAAUCGUUUAUCGAAGGAAAUGCAGAAGAAAAACUUGACCUAAUUUGUUAGUGCACUAACCCACCGAAAGCAAAACGCAAACCAACACCACCCACCACCACCUCUUGCGUGUGCAGCUCUGCAGCUCAACGCGGAAACACGGAGAAGGUCGAAGACGGCCAGCAGACGGUGUGCGGAGUAGUGACCGAUCCGCGGAGGAGUUUGCCAGUGGCAUAGUGCAGUGCUGCAACACCAAACCGUGCCGACAGUGUGCAGUUCAUUCAUAAAAUCCUUCUACACCAGCGCCGAGUGGUGGAUUCCUUGCCAGGUUCAUUAGAAGGAGCUGAGCGGAAAGUGUACAGAAGCCUGUAGCUUUAGCCGGUUGGAAAAUAAGGAAACGCUCAGCUCAAUACAGGAGUAAAGUACGACAGCGAGCCGACGUGUUAGUGCCAGCGUAACAUGUCCGAGCUUUCGAUCGAACCGAAACGGUUAAGUCCCAUCGACGAGCUGAUAUCGCCCACCGUUCGCGUGAUCCGGGAGGUGUACGAAGGUGAAAAUGCACACGAAAUGUUCCAGUCCGACCUCAACAAAGCACUGUUCGAUAAGGUGCGCUUCAUCGUCAUCGAGCCGACGCGGCUCGGCGAGGAAACGGAACGAUGGAUUGCGGUCGGCAACUGUCUGCACAAAACCGCCCUGAUUAGCGGGACCGCAUCGAUAGCAAUCAGUCUCAUCUGGCGGGAAAAGCUCACAAUCUACAGUGCUUCCUUUUGCGCCGUAUCGAUGUUCUGCACAAGCCUGUACGCCAUCUGCUGGACCUGCGAUCCGUGCGUCGAGUAUCAGGUGGAGCGUAAGCAGCGAAACCUCAUGAAAAUCCCCGUCCCGGAAGGAGCAUCCUCGCCGGUAGUGCUGGUGCACAAGGGCAAUCGGCUCGCCACGUACAGCCACCGAAUAGUGACCACCCUGGCGGCGUCCGUCUGCGUCUGGACCAUUUAUAGAGCGUUGAAAUAGGAGAACGAAGAAAGGAUUCAAAUCGAACGCAACGUUAGUGGUGGUGGUGGUGUUGAAGGCGUGCGUUCCAUAUUCCCCUGCCCUUGUGCUCGUUGUUACACUACUAACCGCUUCCGAUCGAAAAGAUGUUGGCAAAAAGAAACGUUAAACGUGUGCUGGCGGAGCAAAAACAAAACAACCACACUGCCACUAAACUGCAAAACACACACACGGUGGUGGGGUGGUGGGGUGAGUGGCGAUGAAGCGGAAACGAUCAAGCUGUAAUCAGCCAAGCGAGAAGCGCACGUGUGCAGCACCACCUUUUUAUCUGUUAGAUUAGGUGUUAGUAUAUCCUUUCCUUCCGAAAUCGUCGGAAUGUUAAAUGUAAUAAGAGAUGCAGGCAGGCGCUGUGUUGUUGCCGAUGGUUGAAGUGUUGGAGUGCUCAAAAGCGCAAAUCACAAUGCAACAUUGUUGUAGAAAUUGUUGGUGAAGAGUACGAAUUGUCCGCGCUCUAAUUGUGACUGAUAUUAUAUGUAUAUCGUGCUGCAGUUGAUGUCGCUUUCGGUCGGGGUCUGUUGUGUGCAUGGUGUGUGGAUUUUGUUUAGUAGUGUAGUAGUAGGACGCGCUCGGGCGAUAUCGACACGCUUGCCAAAGGAUCCUAGGAUGUCAUGAUCAAAGAUCGCAUCCAUGCUACACAACCACUUGUACUAGGGGGAGAAAAAAGGACGGACAUCAUGAAAAGGCGCGAAGAUAUGGGAUUGAGGAAAUUGUUUGCAUUUGUUUCUAUUAACACAAACCGGAAAGCAACACGUUAGGGCAGAGUUAGACACAUUUUGGCGUUUUAUUCUAGGUCAGUUUUCUUUUUGUUUUAGUGCGCUUUUAUUUUCUAUGGAUUCUUCGUUACAUCUCGAACUGUGUCUGUUUAAAACCUGUUUCGUAAAACCUAUUGUAAGAGAUGGGGCGGCGGCGGGAUGGGGUCAAAGGUACGUUCUAUGGGCGAGACUGGAGAAGGAAAAAAGACGCUUUUUUAGACUAUUGAAACGGCUACUGGUGAGGUGAGGGGGUGGAGAAAAUCGAAUAGAAAAGGCUGAUUAGGCGGCUCACACCCUCUAACACGUGCGAGACGAUAGAGACAGUGGGCGGCAGAGGGGGCAUGAUGAGGAGGAUGAAUAAGAAAAGAGAACUUAUAAAGCGAGAAAAGCAAUUUUAGCUGCAUUUAAGAAGAUAAGGAGCCAAAUAGUAGUAUUUCAAACGACAAUUUACCCCACACCACACGCACAUCGUGAGACGGCUGCGUCGUGUGCACCGAAAUGUUGUGUAGUGCUUGGCGGAAAGCUGAUAGUGAAAA